AACAAAACAUCAUUGCAGCAUGCGAGAAGUGGAGAGAAAGAGACCCUACUUGGGUCAAGAUUAAAGGAAGGGAUGCAGUUGUAAUCAACACUUGUUGAACAGAGAGGUAUAUAAAAUAGAGGGUUAAAGGAAGGGCUCACAGUUAUAUGACACCCUCUAAACGAGCUUCAAAUCACUUGUGCAUUACAUACUGGACACACCUUGGGCCUUUCUCAGCCAGUGAAGACUGAUCUUGAGAGACAGACACACUUGGGCUUGCAGUCUGUGGUGACUACAGACAAAGGUCAAAGGAGUCGAGAGAGACAUAUACCUGGCAGGCUGUCAGGAUGAUGCAGCAGAUUCUUCAGGAUAUGUAUAUAGAGCCUGAGCUGUUGUCUGAACUCAACGAAGAGCAGAAACAGAUCCUCUUCUAUAAGAUUCGGGAGGAGCAGGUGCGGCGCUGGAACGAGAGGGAGAGAAGAGACCCCAGCCAUGCUUUGAAAAAAAAGAGCGACCGCAGAGGCAUUCAGUUGCUUCUGGGCUCAGAUGGAGAGGUGUGGGUUUGGGCAAUGGGGGAGGCCCCGGGGGACAAGCUCUUUGAAAACAUUGUGGAAGAACUGAUGGAGGAGAGAGCAAGGAAGCAGGCCCAGCAAGAGGCACAGGAACUCCGGCGUGUGAAGGAGGCAGAGAUUGAAAAGAAGUUUCGAGAUGCCAUGGCAAAGGAAAAGGCUCGGUUCGUGGCAGAAAAAUGGAAGGAGGAGACAGAUGACAGAAAGGCAGCCAAGCAGGAAGAAGAGGAAGAUCGCAUUAGAGAGGAACUGAAGAAAUGUGAGGAGGAAGAGAGACAGCGAGGUGAGGAAGAAAUCCGCCAAACGGAGGAGAGGAGAGCAAAGGAGCUGUACAUCUCUCUGAAGCAGGAGGAAAAGAGGAGCAAGAGAGAUGACAAAGAAUGGCAGGAACAAUUGCGACGCUCCAAGGCUGCGGAUGAGGAGAUGAAGUGCAAAGCACAACAGGCUAGAGAAGAAUAUAAGCGCCAGUCUCUGCGGGGCAUCGAGAAGGGCCUGGUGGCUGGACUCAGCAGCCUGUUCCAUAAGACGCACCCGAAAGGAUCGAGUCACAACCGAAGGCACAGCGCGGUCACUGAACAUCUGACCCCUCCAGCUGAGGCCACCCAUUCACCUGCAGCUAGUUCUGGUCAACUUACCUCAGGCCAUUACAGGCGCAGACAACACCGACGUUACAACAGUCCAGUCACACAGUCACUCACAGAAUGCCCAGUUUGGAUUCGUCCACCCAGACCGAACUCUUGUGAGUCCAUUUUCCGCUGGUUUAAAGAGGAGCAGAGACCAAGACGAGCGGGAUAUGAACGAAGUAGCAACACCAUCGCACCCUGGUUCCAUGGAAUAAUAUCACGGCAAGAGUCAGAGGCUUUGCUAGCAAAUGCGGCAGAUGGCUGUUUCUUGGUCAGAGUGAGUGAACGGAUCUGGGGCUACACGCUGUCCUACCGGACCACCUCAGGCUUUAAGCACUUCCUCAUCGACGCAUCAUGUGAUUAUUACAGCUUCCUAGGUGUAGACCAGAACCGUCACGCCACCUUAGCUGACCUCAUUGACUUCCAUAAGGAGGAAGUGAUCACCAUGUCUGGAGGAGAACUACUCCAGGACCCCUGCAGGCCGAGAAGCUCAACAGCUGACUAUGGAGGGCUUUUUCAGUGAUGGUUUCCCUUGUUGUGAAUCUCAAUUUGGCUACCAUAUCUCUUGCCUUCACAUCCUUCAACAGCACGGCACAGCUUUUAUUUGUAGUCUGCCAAGCUUCUUCUGUCAAAUGUAAAUAAACACUUUUUACUUGCAAUAAUUUCCUUGGCAGGUUUAAAUGUGGGUGAUAAAAAAGAUAUGAUAAUAUUACACUUUAAGCAUGCAGAAUUAAUUUAGACUCCAACGGGAGAAUACAGGCAAUGGGAUAUGAUGUAACACCCUAAGCCUUCUGUUUUAAAUCAAUAAUAAAUUAUGAUUUUAA